GUGGCUUUUGUACCUGAGAACUGAUGCAGUAAUAAUCUGCAUUGCUGGUGAGUUGCACAUGAUAAUAUAAGAAUUGUGCAAUGGAGGAUCCGUGACUGAUCUUGUGAAAGGAUUUCUGAAGAGAGGUGAAAGGAUGAAUGAACUUAUAAUUGCUUACAUUUUACAUGAAGCUCUGAUGGGACUUCAGCAUUUGCAUGAAAACAAAACCAUUCACCGUGAUAUUAAGGGAAAUAAUAUCCUUUUGACCACUGAAGGAGGGGUCAAGCUUGUGGAUUUUGGUGUGUCUGCUCAGCUGACGAGCACUCGCCUCCGUCGGAACACCUCCGUGGGCACCCCAUUCUGGAUGGCUCCAGAGGUGAUUGCCUGUGAGCAGCAGCUAGAUAGCUCCUAUGAUGCCAGAUGUGAUGCAUGGUCACUGGGUAUUACUGCAAUAGAGCUGGGAGAUGGAGAUCCACCCCUUGCUGAUUUGCACCCUAUGAGGGCACUCUUCAAAAUACCAAGGAAUCCUCCCCCAACACUACAGCAGCCUGAACUGUGGUCACCUGAAUUCAAUGACUUCAUUAAUAAGUGCUUGACUAAAGAUUAUGAGAAGCGCCCAACAGUAUCUAGUCUUUUGCAGCAUGAUUUUAUUAAGCAAAUUGAAGGAAAAGAAAACGUGCUACAAAGACAACUCAUGGAAUUUAUUGAUGUUCAUCAACAAAUGGGAGUCACUGAAAAGGCAAGAUUUGAACGUAUUCAUACAAAGAAAGGGAACUACAGUAAGUCACUGGUUUCAAACCAGGAAGAAGUAGAUGAUUUAGCAACCUUGGAGGUACUGGAUGAGAACACAGUAACAGAGCAGUUGCAGAAGGGUUAUGCCAAGGAUCAGAUCUACACAUAUGUUGGGGACAUUCUUAUUGCUGUCAAUCCAUUUCGGAACAUAGAUAUUUAUUCUUCACAGCAUUCCAAACUGUAUAUUGGAGCCAAGCGGACUGCCAACCCUCCUCAUAUUUUUGCUGUUGCUGACAUAGGUUAUCAGUCCAUGGUGACAUACAACUCUGACCAGUGUAUCGUUAUUUCUGGAGAAAGUGGAGCUGGCAAGACACAAAGUGCCCAUCUUCUGGUUCUGCCGCCCACUGUCCUGGGCAAGGCUAAUAACAGGACUCUACAGGAGAAGAUCCUCCAGGUGAAUAACCUCGUAGAAGCAUUUGGGAAUGCAGGCACUAUCAUCAAUGAUAACUCUAGCAGAUUUGGAAAGUAUUUGGAAAUGAAAUUCACCUGUGGUGGCACUGUAGUAGGAGCUCAGAUUUCAGAGUAUCUCCUUGAAAAAUCCAGAGUUGUCCACCAGGCAGUAGGAGAGAAAAAUUUCCAUAUUUUUUAUUAUAUUUAUGCUGGUCUGGCAGAAAAGAAAAAACUGGCACAUUAUAAACUGCCUGAACAUAGACCUCCCAGAUAUCUGCAAAACGAUCAUUUCAGAAUAGUACAAGAUUUCAUGAACAAUAGCUUUUAUAAGUCACAGUUUGAAUUAAUUGAACAGUGCUUCAAAGUCAUAGGUUUUACACUGGAGGAACUUGGAAGUGUGUACAGCAUCCUGGCUGCCAUUUUAAAUGUGGGUAACAUUGAAUUCUCUGCAGUAGUAUCAGAACAUAUGAUUGACAAGAGUAAUAUUUCCAAUCCAGUAGCCCUUGAGAAUUGUGCCUCCUUGCUGUGUAUUCAGGCAGAUGAACUGCAAGAGGCCCUCACCUCUCACUGUGUAGUGACUCGAGGAGAAACAAUUAUUCGUCCCAACACUGUGGAAAAAGCCACUGAUGUCAGAGAUGCCAUGGCCAAAGCACUGUAUGGGCGCCUCUUUAGCUGGAUAGUCAAUCGCAUCAAUACUUUACUCAAACCUGACAAACAUCUGAGUGGAAACGAUGAUGGUUUGAACAUUGGAAUUCUUGAUAUCUUUGGCUUUGAGAAUUUCAAAAAAAAUUCUUUUGAACAACUCUGUAUCAACAUUGCCAAUGAACAAAUUCAGUUCUACUUCAAUCAACAUGUCUUUGCCUGGGAGCAGAAUGAAUACCUGUAUGAAGGUGUUGAUGCAAGAGUUAUAGAAUAUGAGGACAACAGGCCCCUCCUGGAUAUGUUCCUGCAGAAACCAAUGGGUUUAUUGUCCCUGCUGGAUGAGGAAAGUCGAUUCCCACAAGCAACAGAUCAGACACUUGUAGAAAAAUUUGAAGACAAUUUGAAGUCAAAAUAUUUUUGGAGACCCAAAAGAGUAGAUCUAACCUUUGGGAUUUAUCAUUAUGCAGGAAAGGUUCUAUAUAAUGCAAGUGGAUUCCUAGCCAAAAAUAGAGAUACUCUGCCAGCUGAUAUUGUGCUGCUACUGCGAUCAUCUGAAAACAACCUGACGCGACAGCUGGUAACCCAUCCUCUUACAAAAACAGGUAACCUGGCACACACGAAAAGCAAAACUACAAUCAGUUACCAAAUGUGGACCCCCCAGAAAUCAAUGAGUCAUACAAAGAACGAAGCAGGAGAUACUGGGCAUCAUCCAAGAGAGACAACCAGCAUGAAAACACAGACAGUUGCUUCUUAUUUCAGAUAUUCUCUGAUGGAUUUGUUAUCCAAAAUGGUUGUCGGGCAGCCUCAUUUUGUCAGGUGCAUCAAGCCAAACAACGACCGGCAGGCAAACAAGUUUGAUAAAGAAAAAGUGUUGGUUCAGCUGCGUUACACAGGAAUUCUGGAGACAGCAAGAAUUCGAAGACAGGGUUACUCACACCGUAUACUGUUCGCUAACUUCAUAAAACGGUAUUACCUCAUCUGUUACAAAACAAAUGAUGAUCCUCCAGUCAGCCCAGAAACCUGUGCUGCCAUCUUGGAAAAAGCCCGCCUUGACAACUGGGUUCUUGGAAAAACUAAAGUAUUCCUCAAAUACUAUCACGUGGAGCAGCUAAAUUUAAUGCGGAAGGAGACGGUCGACAUGAUUAUUUUGAUUCAAGCUUAUGUCAGAGGGUGGCUGGGUUCAAGGAGAUACAAAAAGAUAAAGGAGCAAAGGGAAAAAAGUGCUAUUAAAAUACAAUCAGUUGCCAGAGGAUACUUACUCAGGAAGAAGAGAAAAGAACUAACUGAGGCAAGAAGCAAAGCAGCAAUAACAAUUCAGUCUCACUACAGGGGAUAUAAUGAGAGGAAGAUCUUCGAAAGGAAGAGGGAAUCACUUAGAAAGAAACAAACUGAAAAUGCAGCAUCCAUUAGUGAAAAAGAUGAAAAACUUCAAGAUAAUGAGGAAAGUCUAGCUGGAGUGAAGAGAACCCUUCCUAAAACAGAAGAAGAAGCAGCUGUCAUUGUUCAGAGCUAUUACAGAGACUAUAGGGUCUGUAAAAAAAUAAAUGAACAGCAGAAAAAUAUAGCAGAGGAAGAAUUAUCUGCAGUGGAAUUCCUUGAAGCACAACUGCAGCCAGCUCAAAAUGAUAUACUGGAAGAAGUAACAAAUGAGGAAACUCAAGAUGAAGCUGGUGUUAUUACUGACAGUGAGUGCUCUGGGUCCAGUGUCACAGUGAAUGCACAGGACCAACAGAAAACAUUUACUGAAGGAGAGGGAGCUUCUGUGAAGCAGAACCCUGCAGUAGAAAAUGUUGGUGAAGGUGAAGAGCAGGCCUGUUUGGAAGAGUUGUCCAACAAAUCUGUCAAAAUAGCAGCUGAACCUAGCCCCCAGCAAGAGCAAGAUAAUCGAGACAAACUCAGUGCAGAUGGGCAAAAUCAAGAAUCUGCUGUGGUCCAGCCCAGGACUGACAGGGAUGUGGAAAGAAACCACCUGAAACAUGAAGCCGUGAUGCCUACAGGAUAUAAAGGAAUUGUAAGAAAAGAGUCACUAAGAGGCUCAUGGAAGCAAGUUAAGGCAGAAAAACAAAGUUCUGAAGACCAAGAGAAGGCAGCAGUAGUUAUUCAGAGCACUUACCGGGGUUACAGAAGGAGGGGACAACUCAGAAAAGAAGGGAAACUACCUUGCAAAAGUCAAGAGAAAACUGUAAAGGAGCCAACAGAAGCAGUUACAGAGGCUGAAGACUCUAAGACACCAAAGGGAGACUCAGAGAAAGAGGCUUGUGACUUGGCAGCCUUUUCACGACAGAUAUCAAAAUUAUCUGAAGACUACUUAGCAUUGCAGCAAAAAUUGAAUGAAAUGAUACUGUCACAUCAGCUGAGACCCGUCAUGCUGCCCAAAGAUAAGCAAGCUAAUGGCCGACUUCCUUCUCAUCUUUGUCAGUCAGUUGCAGCCAAAGUAGAAGACUCUCGCCCAAUGAAAAGACCCCCAAGGAGGCCACGGAAGCCCAAGACAUUAAAUAAUCCAGAAGACUCCUCUUACUACACGCUAAUACAUAAAUCAAUACAAGACGAAAAACGGAAACCAAGAAAAGAAAGUCUGAGCAAAGUGCUAGAUUUAGAUAUCUACUACCAAGAAAUUUCAUCUACUGAUUCCACCUCAAAGGACAGCAGUUCUGCCACAAGAAAGAAGAGACACCCAGCUGAGCGCAGGACUUCGAUAUUAAGAGCUACUGAACGGUCGAGGGUUGCAGAAAGACCACUGGAAGAGAGUAAAACCGAAGAUAAUCCCUAUGACUACAGACGACUGCUGCGGAAGACCUCACAGCGCCGGCGCCUUAUCCAGCAGUUCUAG